GGAAGGAAUUGGCCGACGGACAUGCCUGGGGCUGCGGUGGCCAUGGCGACGGGCACUUCCGGGGGCCGCGGUGGCCAUGGCGACGGGUCGAAUCGACGGCGGACUGGGACCCGCCCUGAGCUGAAUGUUGAAAAAAGGCUCCGAUGUUUGAAACCGAUAGCGACCAUGGAAACAAAGCCCUCGGGGAACGCGAUGCUUCAGCAGGCGAACCAGCUGUGGGACCUGUUGGAUGGUUUGUCCGAAGACAGCCCUGAAGUCUACCAGAAGUUCAUCCAACACCAACUUCAGGAGGGUAUCAAGCAGUUCACUCCCCCGGAUCCCCACACCUGCUUCCUGACAAGAAUAUUAGAACCUCACGAGAAAUUGCUCUAUGUGAACCUUUGCAAAUGGACCAGGAUUCCGGCACCAGAGUCUGACUGCAAUCCCAUCCCUCUCGGUGGAGGGAAGUUGGAGGAAAUAGUAGAGGGCACGGACAUUUACUCUGUCACAGACAUUGCCUACAACCCAGAUGUCCUAAAGAGAGGCAGCAAGGACCCUGCGGAAAUGGACCAACUGGUGCUUCUGGCAAUAAAAUACAUCGAAGAGCAGUUUCGUGUGCGCUUGUCUUACUCUUACACCACACUGCCAGCUACGCUCAAAGGAAGCAUUCAGAAAAUGAAGGAGAGAUUAACAGGAAUUUCUGCUGCCACCCAGAGUGGCGAGGGGAUAGCGACAGGAAGCGUGGAUUCACUGCUCAAACAGCUGACCAGACUGAGCGUAGGAAACACCAAAUGCAAAGAGAAUCCCGAUCCAAUUCAGUUGUUGACUGACAUUUCGCAGCCAAAGAAGCCAGGACUCAUUGAAGAGAUUUCAAGUACGGAGCGAGAUAGCGGUGGCAAUCAAUUAGCAACGCCAGAGUAUGAGAUGUCUCUCAUUAAGGAUGAAAGCGGGAAACCACGAGCCCUUCAGUUAUCAGUGGAACUACCUCGACUGUCAUCUAUCGUGGAGUGUGAUCUCAGUGUGUCGGAGGAUGACUUGGUCAUUGAUGUCCCCGGGAUCUACAAGCUGGAGCUCAACCUCCAGGUAGCAGUCAACCAAGAUUCGGUCAGUGCAAAAUUCAGUAAGAGGACCCACAUUUUGUCGGUGAUGAUGGCUAUUAAAUAAUCGCUGCACUUUCUUGCAUCGAAAACGUCUGUGGCUUUAAGGUAAAAUUGAGAAUGCCAUCGUCGAAAGCAAUACUUGCAUUUGCAAAUACCUUUUUUUUAAAAAAAAUAUGACACUUUACAAAGCACCAAAAUCCAAUCUUGCCCCGUAACGAGAAGAGCGAAUUAACAGUCUGAGCUGCUUCAACCAGAUUCCCACCAGGGAAUGAAAAUAGCUUCGGAUACGGACACGCACUUUCGGAGGCAAUUUUGUCGGCCGGUAGUAGAUUAGGCAUUUUAGUGGCAGCUUCGAAGGCCCCACAAACGCGCAGAAAUCGCCUCAAAGAAAUGUUUUUGAAGCAUCGGUCAGUGCAAGAAAUAAAAUAAUUUCAAGUAUUUGCUCUGUGUACCAUCAAUAAUCAUAUUUUAUACUGAAAUAAAACUUGCAAAUGUCA